CAAUGGGCCUUUGGUCUGUCUUGUCCUUCUCUGCUGCCAUUCUUUUCCUUCAAAUGCACAGAGGUCACUGUGCAAAUAUCAUUGGGGGAAAAGAAUCAGCUCCACAUUCAAGACCCUUUAUGGUUGCCUUAGAAGGAAAUUAUUUCUGUGGAGGAACUUUGAUCCAAAACAACUGGGUGCUAACAGCAGCUCAUUGCAAUAUAAAGAAGGAAGCAACUGCUAUUCUUGGUGCUCACUCCCUAUCCAAAAAGGAGACAGAAAAACAGAUCUUUCAAAUUACCAGAGUGGUUGCCCACCCAAAAUUUAACAGCACGACAAAGGAAAAUGACAUUAUGCUUUUGCAGCUUAACAGAAAAGCAAAGAUUACUCAAGCUGUAAAAACCAUCAAAAUUCCCAGAACUUAUGAGGAUAUCAAGGCUGGAACUCAGUGUCUAGUUACCGGAUGGGGAAUUACUGAAAAUAGAGGGAAGAUAUCUGAUAUGCUGCGUGAAGUUAAUGUCACUGUCAUAGACAGACGCAUCUGCAAUGACAAGAAGCACUAUAAUUCCAAACCUGUUGUGACAAUGAACAUGGUGUGUGCUGGUGGUAUCAAAAAAAAGAGGAAAGAUGCAUGUAAGGGUGACUCUGGUGGCCCGUUGGUAUGCGGGGGGAUACAAAGAGGCAUCACUUCUUUUGGUGAACCAGAAAAAUGUGGUUAUCCCCAGUACCCAGGUGUCUACACUCGUCUCACAAAGGACUAUAUCGAAUGGAUUAAGAAAAUCACAGGGGGAAAUCUAGGUUGAU